CGUCAUCACUCUGCGACCCUCCAUGUGGACAUUUAUCUGCAAAGAAGCUGCUAUUCUGUGUUUUCAUCAUCUAGGUGGAAAUGUCACUGUUUGUCAUUAACAGGUGUGUCCUUUCGGAUAAUAUGCACGCACCCUUCAUAUCUGUAUAAAUGAGACAAUACGGAAACACGGUGUGGGAAUAUAAAUAAGCGCUCUGUGUGCAUUCAGUCUGCUUGCUUGGUGUGUUAUUCCAGCAAUGUCUGGCUUGCAUAGUUACUGUACUCACUCACUAUCAUUUGUGGUAGUGCACGGUUUUUAUUCUCUGCUUGGGACUAGCUGUGCUCAAAUAAUUCUCAGGGUGAUAAGAUAUUCAGUUUUCCUGAGCCAUCUUCAGUAUAAUGCUCUUUCACAUUACUUCUCCCUUCAGAGAUAGUCUCUAUAUUGGUCGGCUAUUACGACGUUUCCAUGCAUUCUGUUAAAUUAGCUUCAAAGUGUGGGAGUCUGCCCUAGCUGACAAUAUGCCCACUACUUUACCAACUUCUUUCAGGAUUAUAUUAUGUUGACGUUCAUUCUCUUGCUUCAGGAUUGCAAUAAAUUUUGGGGUAAAAGUGUAUUUUAGUGUAUUUUAUUAUUUGCCGUUUCGUUCAGGUGCGAUUUAAGCAGAAUAACUAACUCUCAUAUACUAUUUGCCUUACCUAGAAUGUAGGGGUAAAAGUGUAUUUUAGCAAAUUUUAUUAUUUGGAGUUAUUUUGCUUAUUGUGCCACAAUCACACCUGAACGAAAAUGGCAAAUAAUAAGAUAUGCAAAAAUACACUUAUACCAAUUUUUGGAUUGAGUUGAAUUAAUGUUUUGUUCUUUUUGCAAAAGUUUCAGCAGAAUAUAACAAUAUACACAUUUAUAAAGAUGCCUUACUAUAAAACUGUAUUUUUUUUAUAUAUAUAUAUAUAAUAUAAAUUUUAGUAUUUUGUUUUUGCAUAAUGCAAUUUAUAAUUUCGUUUUCCUUUUUUUGCUUCUUUACAUUUUAGAUACCUUGGAGAUGAGGAGGAUUCAUCCGAAGAUCGCUCCAAAGUCCUCCUGGAAAAGUUGCAUCAGCAGGCCAAGGAGAGACAACUGCAGAUACAGAAAGAACAGCAAAGAGUCAACUUAAUCCCUAAAGGACAGCAAAGCGUCAAGUUAACCCCUAAAUCUAGCCACAUAGUAGCAGAAAGAGAACCCUCUGCAGAUAGUACACCAGGUAAAAAUGAAAAAGAAAUAGAGAGACCAAGGAAAAAUAAAAAGCGCAAGAAAAAGCAAGACAAAGAUGAAACUGUUGAGCUGGAAAGGCCCCAUGAUGAGAAGCGUGAGGAAGAGGUGCAAUGCACUGAGCAAGUAAAGAGGAAAAAGGUAUGCAGAAAGGACCUCCAGGAAGAAAGCCUUCAGAAACAAAAGGAAGAAAAUUUAACACAGAGUGAAAAAAGCAUGAAAGAAAAUAGCACAACAAAAGCAAAUAUAGACUCUGUAGAUCAUAGCCAUAUUCUUCUCGGAGACUUUGAAAUUAAAACCGUGGAGAAGGUAAAUGUAAAACAUUAACUACUACUUCUUUCUGUAUUUUGUAGUUUUCUUCUUCCAUUAACUGUCGGUCUUUUUACACUAAGUCCCACCAGCAAGUUUAUAUGUAUUUUUUUUUUUUUUUUAAAGGUACAACCAGUUUUACCAGAGUGGCUUUCACAUCCUAAUCUUGUCCAGAGAGAUAUCAAUCAGAACUUAGUUCCUAUCCAGGAAGUUCCUGGUUUGUGCCCAGAAAUUCUAAAAACGCUGGAGGCCAACAAUGUGAAGACUUUCUUCCCAGGUGGUUAUAUUUACAGCCAUUACAACACAUUAUUUCAGCGCCAUGGGACUUGUUUUAUUGUAUCCCAGCCAGUAUUAAGGGGGUAUGUGAAUGGUUACCUCAGUGAAUAGAGAAAUACAAUUUAUCCCCUACUCACAUUACAGAUAAAACCAUACUCUUUUUUUAGAGUUUUUGAGUUUUGUGUUUCUUUCUUACUUUUUCCUUUUGCCUCUCCUCUUGAUUUAAUCCAAUCUAUCCAUGUCUGUUAGUUCAAGCAGAAGUUAUACCUGCCAUCUUGGAAAGCUGCAGCCAUGGUUUCCUGCUGGGGAGAGGUGGUUAUCGACCCAGUGACAUAUGUGUGUCUGCACCUACAGGAAGUGGAAAGACUCUAGCAUUUGUUGUUCCCAUAGUGCAGGUGAGUCUUAGAGGAUUAUUUAAUAAAGUGACAAUUACCAGGAAAUUAAAGUGAAUUUCAAAAUUAAGUCUGGACUAGCCAACCUGAAAAUAGUCAGGUAUGCUUCCAGUUCAGUUAUCUUUGUGUUUGAAAUAAACUUUGAUUUCCUGACAAUCCUCCUUAGUGAAUAAACCUUAUAGUAUUACUAUAUUCAAAUUCCUGUUCUCAUACCAUUUCUUUCUUAUCAGACCCUCAUGGAUCGGGUGGUGUGUGAAGUGAGAGCACUCGUCUUGUUACCUACCAAAGAGCUAGCACAACAGGUGAUCUCCAAGCAUUUCUCUAACAAGAUUAACUCACAUUAACAAUUUAAUCAGGCUGUUUUCUAUCCAAGUUUCUUCCUUCUUGACAUCAUUCUCUCUCACUAGGUCUGUAAAGUAUUUAACAUAUAUGUGACUUCUACAAGGUUGAAAGUAGUCUUGUUAGCUGGCCAGAAAUCUUUUACCAGAGAACAAGAAUCUCUUGUGCAGAAAAAGUGAGUUUUUGGUGACUCUAUAUUGCUCUUUUAUUUUUAUAUAUAUAUAUAUAUAUAUAUAUAUAUAUAUAUAUUUUAUUUAUUUUUUAUCAUUAUGCUGGUUUUUUUUUCCUUUUUUUUGCCAUAUAAGUCUUGGCUAUCCCAACUAGUUCUGUUUUUCUUCCACUGAUAUCUUUCAGUCUGGUUCAAAGUGUUUUCUUUUUCCUCUUUUUUAAAAUUUUUUUUUUUUCAAAUCUUAUUUUUUUUCUGAUCCCAAGAUUUUGUAACCUUCCUUUUCCUCGAUUUUCAUUAUUUAUUUAUUUUCCUCACAGGUCGUCUGGUUUCUGUAGCUUGGGAGAUAUUCUUGUCUCAACUCCAGGAAGGCUCGUUGAUCACAUUCAGAGGACUGAAGGCUUUAACCUGAGGCACCUUCGCUUUCUAGUAAGCCGAGUUAACCCUAAAUAGUUUAAAAGGGUAGUGGAAGUACCAGGGCAAUUGUAUAGUCUAUGCAACAAUGCUAUCUGCAAAUCAGAACUGUAUUUGCAUAAGCAUUACCUUAGCAUAUAUAUUGGUUUCCAUAUUAAAACAAGACUUUGAGGAUUUUUCCUUCCUCUUUUUUUUUUUAAUUUGUGGAUGAUGAUGAUGAUUAAUUGAGACUUUUUGUUUUCACGCAGGUCAUUGAUGAAGCAGAUCGAAUGAUUGACAACAAGUUUCAAGAUUGGCUUCAUCAUGUCACCAAGGCGGUCUAUCAGGUAAAGCCUGGUGCUCCCAGAAUGCUCUUUGCCAGGAAGGAACCUGGCAUUGUGACAGCAGCCAGGUAAAUAAUCUCUUCAUUUUUACCCUUAUUGCAUUGGGAAGUAGCUGAAAUCCGUUGCCACUUCUGUCUUGAAUCUGCUGUGUACUCAGAGUAGCUAAAUAAUUAAUUAUAAUUUGACUUUUGUGGUAUAACAUAGAAACUUAGACUGACUGCAGAUAAGAACCAUUUCGGCCCAUCUAGUCUGCCCAAGUUUCUAAAUACUUUCAUUAGUCCCUGGCCUUAUCUUAUAGCUAGGAUAGACUUAUGCCCAUCCCAUGCAUGCUAUAACUUCUUCACUGUGUUAACCUCUACCACUUCAGCUGGAAGGCUAUUCCAUGCAUCCACUACCCUCUCAGUAAAGUAAUACUUCCUGAUAUUAUUUUUAAACCUUUGCCCCUCUAAUUUAAGACUGUCCUCUUGUUGUGGUAGUUUUUCUUCUUUUAAAUAUAGUAUCCUCCUUUACUGUGUUGAUUCCCUUAAUGCAUUUAAAUGUUUCUAUCAUAUGUCCCCUGUCUCGUCUUUCCUCCAAGCUAUACAUGUUAAGUUCCUUUAACCUUUCCUUGUAAUUUUUUUAUUUAUUUUUUUUAAAUCCUGCAAUCCAUGAACCAGUUUAGUUGCCCUUCUCUGAAUUCUCUCUAAAGUAUAAAUAUCCUUCUGGAGAUAUGGUCGUCAGUACUGCGUACAAUACUCCAAGUUAGGUCUCACCAGUGUUCUGUACAAUGGCAUGAGCACUUCCCUCUUUCUACUGCGAAUACCUCUCUCUAUACAACCAAUCAUUCCAUUAGGUGUAGCCUAAAUUGUUGGACUUUUUGUAAUACUGUUGUGUAUUGCCUGUACGAUCUGGCUCCUAGGAGGUCUUAAGCUCUCACUAUUUGUGGUACUUUCAUCUUUUUUGCUACAUGCUGCCUGUCCUCUGCCUUUCUUCAUUUAGAAUACAAUGUGUAAUUGAAUUGUUCUUUUUACGUACCUACCUUUUCAGCUAUUCCCAAUGCCAAACUCCUUUGCAGAAGUUGCUGUUCUCAGCCACCUUGACCAAGAACCCAGAAAUCCUUCAACCUCUAGACCUGUAUCAGCCCAGACUAUUCACCUCCACACACAAUGUGCUCAGUGCAGGCCUUGAAGAAACCAGCAAUAUAGGAAACUGUUCCCUUCCAGAUGGGCUAACUGUGAGUAGUUUAAAAAGACUUCUGCAAAUGCUAAUUUUUAUUUAAAUACCAGGCAUAUUAAAUUUGUAAUUGUGUCAUACUUAUAUAGAAACAAUGAUCUAACAAUAUAUUUUCUCUGUCUCUUAUUAAUAGCUUUAGUAAGGUUGUACUACCACAGGGUUAUUUACUCAAGUUAGAAUUGUUGUGAUUUCAAAGUAAUAUUAAAUUUUUUUGUAGUUAAGCUAUUUUGUCCUAAACUCUGAAAUUCACAUUGAAUUUACGACAACUAUUUUAAUUGAAUUAACCUUAAAAUAAAGACAACUGCAAGAAUAUUGAAAAUUAACAGUCUGGGGUAGCCAACAAGAAGCUGUAGUGGUAAUGGAACUGUCUUUCCCUUUAAAAAUGCAUAAAUGGCUCUUUUUUUUUUUUGUUUUACCUAUAAAUUAAAGACUACUCCAAGAGGCACAAUUGGACUAAAUACUGCCUAUAUAUGUGAAAUAUAAAUAAUUGUUUAUGUACAUCAUUUGCAGGAAGCAGAGCGCACUCAAGGGCUUUUACUGACUAGGAUAUAGUUUUAUGUGCACAAAAGGCAAUUUUUUUUUUUUUGUGUGCUUUUAUUGCAGCAUCAAAGACAGCCAGUGUUUCAGUUGUGUGACUGGAACUUUUUACACAAUGUUUAAUGUCUUUUAUACUGCAAUAAAAGCACACGUUUAUCCUUACAUUAAAGUCCCUUACAUGCUCUCCUUUCUGCAAAUGUAUGUAUGAAACUGCCCCGGAGCAAAGAAUUGAAGUGCAUUGUUGAGUAGAGAUCGACCGAUUAUCGAUCUGGCCCAUAUUAUCUGGCGAUAUUCUGAAUUUUCUGCAAUAUCGGUAUCGGCCUAUAAAGAAUGCAGAUAGGGCAUGACAACCGAGACAGUUGUCAUGGUCCUGGAGGGCCCACAGCACACUUACCUUCCCAGCAGCUCUCCUGUCUAAAUUUCGUGAGUCCUGCGGCCGUCAGAGCGUUGCCACGGUUUACCAUGGCAACGCUCCACGUAGCACACAGGCCGUGAGAGUUAGACAGGGGAGCUGCUGGGAAGGGAAGUAAGAGUGUUUCUGGGCCCCCUCUGCACAGUCCAUGCCACUGGACCACCAGGGAAUGCCAUAUCCCCCUCACUGGCCAGGUAAGAAGCAGGGAGGGGGGGACUAAAACAAAAUGGUAAAUUAAAUAUUUAAAAAAAAACAUCCUCUCUCUCCCUCCCACCCCCCCCAUUUUACUCACAUUACAUGCCUAUACAAACACUCACUGCAUUUACUAUACAUACACUACACAAACACACACUCUGCAUUCAUUCUAUACACACUACACCAACACACACACACACACUGCAUCCACUACACACACCUAUAUUCUUAAAAACAUAAAUUCUAUCUGGCAUGUAUAUUUUGUGCAUUUACCUUAAUAAAAAAAAAAGAUUUGCAAAAAAAUAAAUAAACAUGUUCAGUUAACAGUAGAUUAGUGUAGAAAUAUUUUUUCUACUAUUGUCGAGUGCCAGGCUAAAGACUGCAGAAGGACACACAAGGAGACCUCACCAGGGUCUUUUGAGAUCCUGGUGCUUCCAUCAUUCUGGGGGCAGAAUCACAGCAGCUGAUCUUACACUUAAAUAUAUAAAUACACAGUAGUGUUUUGCAGUUUUCUGUUUUCUUUUUGUUUGUUAAAUUUCUUUUAAGGUUUUCAAUUUAAAAUGUUUUCAUAGUGGGAAAGACUGUUCUACGUUUUGUCUCCCUGUAGCAUUAUUAUAUCCCAUGUAACCUGAACUCCAAGCCUCUUAUCCUGCUCCAUUUACUGCUUUCACUGCGUUUUACCAGAGUCCUCUGCUUCACCAAUACAAGAGAGGCAUGUCACCGGUGAGUAAGCUCAUGCCGUCCUAUAAAAUGCUGUCACACAUGCAUUUGAUACAUGCUAGAAUGUUUUAUUUUUUGUUUUUUUUAUUUAAAUGACAGAGAAAUUUUGUCCUAACUAAAUAUUUGUGACAUAUCCUUAAUAGGUAUUUUUCUAUGAGAAAUAGAAGAAUUCUAGAUUAUUUCUUUUACCAUAACAUAUUUUUUUUUCUUUCUUUUUUUUUUUCCUGUGCAUCAUUUAAUUGUUUAUUUCUCCUGUAUUGCUAUGGCAUAAAUUGACAUUGGUUAGUCAUGCCUGCAUUCCAACUAUUUUUAUAUAUAUUUUUUUCUUUCUGACUGUGAAUGCUGAACACUGCAUAUUUCAUGUUGUCUGUUAAGUAUGUGUCAUAAAGUGUGUCUGCUCAUGGGUUUUUGUUUCUCCCAUAGCCUGUUCCUGCUGCUCCAAAGCUUUGGAGAUAUCAGUGUUGCAGAGUUCUCAUCCCGCCUCAGUGCUGGGGAAAGGAAGAAGGCAUUGAAGCUGUUUGAGCAGGGAAAACUUCAACUGUAAGUAAUAAU